UACUCUACUUUGUUACUUACUCUUACUUGUUGCUUUCUAUAAUUAAAGCAAAGACUUGCUAUUCGUUUCUUUAAUCUUUAAUCUUUAACUUUAAUAAUAUCCAACUCGACUGAAGAGGUCUAUACGUUUAGGUACAUUCGAGAGUCUAGGGUAUCGGAGGCAUAAGAGCAAGCAUGGUGGGGAAUACACCUACUCUUGAGGAAAAGAAGCCCGAGUUGGGAGGCUUGGAUGACGAUACGGUUGUCGCUGUCGACCAUGGCGUACAAGUCAAUGCCGCGGGAUAUAAAGAUCAACUGAAGCGUCAAUAUGGUCUUCUUGGAAUUGUCGGCUUUGCCCUUACCGUCGAUAAUGCCUGGGCAGCUUUGGGAUCUUCGAUAUCGGUUUCAAUUCUAAGUGGAGGGCCUCCAGGUCUAAUCUUCGGCCUCAUUGUCGCUUUAUUUUGGUAUUCCUUUAUAGGUAUGAGUCUGGCUGAGCUUGCUUCAUCAGUUCCCACCGCUGGUGGCGUGUAUCAUUGGGCGACCAUCGCGGCCGGGCCAAACUGGGGUCGAACUGUCGGGUUCUUCACAGGCUGGAUCAACUUUUAUGGCUGGAUGUUCGACUUGGCAGCCCUGGUUCAAAUCACGUCCAAUAUCCUCGUUCAGAUGUACGCGGUUUACCAUCAGGACACUUAUGUUCCAGAAUCCUGGCAUGUCUACGUCACGUACAUUGGUGUCCUAUGGGCUUCAACCUUAUUCGUUAUUUUCGCGAAUAGGCUCGUCCCGUAUACCCAGCACUUCGGAAUGUUCUUAGUCUUAGUCGGAGGUAUCAUAACGAUCAUUGUGAUUUCGGCUAUGAACCCAGGUGCCCACGCAUCUAACCAUUUUGUGUGGGGUUCGUUCGAGGAAAACAACCUGACGGGUUGGCAGGGUGGCGUUGCAUUUCUUCUCGGAGUGCUGAACGGCGCAUUCACUAUUGGCACGCCUGAUGCCAUUACCCAUAUAGCAGAAGAACUUCCACACCCAAGGAGAGAUCUUCCAAGAGCCAUGGCACUUCAGAUCGGUUUAGGUUUCCUGUACGCGUUUGUUUUCGCCAUCGCGCUUAGCUACGCCAUUACCGACCUCUCGGCAUUGCAGGGUGGCAUCAAUACCUAUCCCCUUGCUGUCAUAUAUCAGCAAGCAACUGGUAGCUCAGGGGCGACCUUCGGUCUCUUGUUUAUCCUGUUUCUCACUAGCAUGUGCUGCUGUGUUGGGACGGUGCUCACGAACUCGCGCACGUACUGGGCACUGGCUCGAGACAAUGCCGUGCCGUUCUCUGGUAUUUUCGGCACCGUUAACGAAGGGCUUAGCUGUCCUAUAUACGCAACCCUGUUCGUGUCUGCCGUCGCUACUGGUCUUGGCGCAAUCCCCUUAGGAAGCUCGAGCGCCUUCUUGGCUCUAACGGGCUCCUUCAUCGUUUUAACGACAGUGUCAUACGCAAUUCCCUUUACUGCCAACAUGAUUACCGGCCGAAAAUACUUCCCCCCGGGGCCUUUUCACAUGGGUAAAUUUGGAUAUGCAGUGAACAUGAUAGCUGUUUUGCUUAUAACUAUGUUUGUCGUAAUAUUCUGCUUCCCGUAUGAGAUGCCCACAACCGUCGAGGCUAUGAAUUACAAUAGCGUGAUUCUUGUUGGGACACUCUUUCUUUCGUCGAUAUGGUGGAUUGUGCAUGGAACUCGACAUUAUCCGGGACCCAAGGUGAUGAAGUUAUAUAUUCAUAAUGAUUUGGUCCCCGAGAACAAUGGGGGAGCGGUCGAGGAGUACAAUACGUCGAUAAAUAAGAAGGGCAAUUGAAUAACUAAGAAUUCGCAAUAGGGAGCUUAGAAGAUUAAAAUAAGACGAAAGAUCGACAGUUGAAACCGACUCAGUUAUUCUUGACUCGAACCACUUGCUCACUGACACUAUGAGCUUUGAGUUUUUACACCAAGUUAAAUAAUUCCGAAUAUGGGAGUGCGCCUGAGUGAUAUAUCAGCUCUCGGAAGCAGCUACAAUUAU